ACCUGCACCAGGAUUGAGACAGCUAUUCGCAAGGCAGCGAGCAGACUCCAUCGCAGGAAGAGGAGGUGCAAAGGGUCACGUGAGAGGGACAGGUUGAGAGACGGGGAGACAUAUGUACUGGUUGGGGAAGGAGAAACAAUACAAGUGAGGGGAUUACAGGAAGAGCUACAGAGGAAGGAGGUACACAUGAAAAGUUUGAUAAUGAUGAGUAAAAUUCAGCAGAAAAUAUAUCAGGAGGAACUGAGGAGAGUGGAGGAUCAGGAGAGAGAGACUAGGCAGCAGCUGGAGGAGCAGAAGAGGGAGACAGAGCAGGAGAGAAGAGAGAGAGAAUCUGUGACUGAGGUACUUGAUGCUGCGCAAAACAAAGGAAGGAAACUGGAGGACGUAGGGGAAAGACAGAAAAGGAGGAAGAUAUCCCAGUUGAAGAGCUACACUAAGCUUGCUCUGAAACCUCUGGAGAGUUACGGCCUUACGCUGCACAGUGUCACUGCAGUCACAGACAAAGGAUGCUCUUUGUCUCUUGAUCUGUCUCCAGGAACUUCCUCAGCA